AUGUUGGGGAAACAGGCAUGGCGAAUGCUCACUAAAUCUGAUUCUUUAGUGGCUCGUGUCUAUAAAGCCCGGUAUUUCCCUAAAGGAACGUUUUUUUAUGCACAGGAUGAACAGGAUCCUAUGAUACAACCGGAGAUGCCAGUACAACUACAAGAGGCCAGAGUAGUGGGUUUAAUUGAUCAACAAACAGAUGUGGAAAGAAUUAUGAGGAUACCUGUCUCCCCGGAUUAUAAUGAUACAUGGUAUUGGCAUGGGGACCCAAAAGGAAUAUAUUCUGUGAAGAGUGGAUACAGGCGUAUAGUAGGGGAUUAUGAGAAUCAAGGAGAGGAGUUUGUGAAUUGGUUAGCCCUGUGGCGACUCAAAAUACCCCCAAAAUGGAGAAUGUUUCUUUGGAGAGCCAUUUGUGAUAUAUUGCCUACUACUACAAACUUGCUUAUAAAGAGGGUUGAUGUGAGUCCAUAUUGUGCCAUGUGUGGGAUAUCACAAGAAGAUACAAUGCAUGCUUUAGUCUUGUGUGACUUUGCAAGGAACAUUUGGCAACAAUCCAACCUUACAAUCCCCAAUAUUGUUACAAAUAUUUUUCAUGUUUGGUUUGAGGAACUUCAAAAUGUUUUAGAUUCUGAUGGAAUGUUAUAUGCAGCAUCAAUUCUAUACAACAUUUGGAGAGCACGAAAUCGUGCGGUAUGGGAGGCAUGUCUACCACGACCGAAUCCGUUAAUCAGAGCCGCCGCGGCUGCCAAGGAUGCAUGGAUCCUAGCAUGCCCCACCCGUGUCUCGGCUGCCGGAACAGCGCCUACCACUGCCGCACGCCGCACUGCCGACCAAGCCCGCCAUGUUACCGACCAGGAGACCGCCUUGGUGGCCGAACACUCUAUGCCAAUAUUGAGAAGAUGCCGGGUCGACGCAGGUUAUCUGCACGAGACGGGAAAGGCCACUGUAGGGGCUGUUUUGUUCGAUGUAGAUGGAGGAUACAUAUCGGCCUUCAAUGCACCGUUACCAACCUGUUUCUCACCUCUUAUGGCCGAAGCUUUGGCAUGCAAAGAGGUUUUAUCGUGGUUGAAGGAUCGAGGGGAGCAGAAUAUUGAGUUAUACACUGAUUGCUUGACAUUACAACACUAUCUUACUACACCAACCGCCGCGUUUCGCUCCUAUGUGGGCUAUGCUAUUGACGGCUGCAGGCAAAUUGCCACUUUAUUUCAGUAUUGUUCAUUUAAUUUUAUUCCUAGAUCGGACAAUUAUUUAGCUCAUGCAUUAGCUACUACGGCUUAUCAGCAACUUGCUGCUAUGUACUGGGAUACCCACCCACCAGACAUUAUUUCUGCCUUUUUCUAA